GUAAAAACACACUGGAAAACUUCCUUAUAUUAAGCAUUUUGAGUUAACAACAGCAGGGAUGGCGGGAAGGCUUGGAGUAUGGACAGAGGUAAAGGCUGCCACUGAAGAAACUCAGGACAUCUGUGAUAUGUUGAAGAGCCAAGCAGAGGCAAAGUGGACCAAACAGAGUUACCAAAUCUUUAAGGCCAUUGAAUACAGGGUCCAACCAGUGGCAGGAACAAACUUUCUCAUCAAGGUUCAUGUGGGAGGAAAUGAAUACCUCCAUAUUUAUGCCUUCCAAAGCCCGCUGCAGGAGGGGCAGAUUAAAACCUUGCUAAAGAGGGUAGAAAAACACAAAGAAGGAGAUCCUCUGGAACCCAUCAAACCUUGGGACUGACUGACUUUGUCCAAACAGCAGCCUUGCAUCAAACUGCACAGUAAUGUUAUCAUGAAAGAGUUAAAUACAAAUGAUGUUCAUUUACAAUCCUGCUGUAGACAGUUUUUAAAAAUCUUAAGAAUUGGGUAUAAGUAGUGCAGUCGAUGCAGUCAAAUAUGCAAAGAAUGAAUGAAUAACAUUGAUAGUGAUUAAAGAUUGUUUUCUUUAGUGAUGUUGCAUUAGCAGUGACAAAUAAAAAUGUGACGGUGCAAGUCUGAUUACUGUUUUCUGCAAAUAUAAUAUUAUGGGGGAUUAUUUUAUGUGAGUUAUACUUGUCUGCAGUGUGAUUUUCUGUGUGGAUGCAAUAAUAUUUGAAAAAACAUCCUAAAGUUAAUUAAAUGUAACUGAAACUAUCCAUACAAGCCAAUUAGUUUUCAGGAAAUAUAUCAGGU